GAAGAGUGCAGGCAAGUCGUUGCUGAGCAACCACCAAUGUUUACAAACACUAACGCAGUGAGUUCAUCAUCAACGUUAAUAACAUGUCAAGACAUGGAGGACAAGAAGGACUUUCUGAACUUGAACUUUUAGCAACUAUUGGUUUUGAAGGGAAAGUGAAAGGGGGGCUGAAACUGCAUCAUGACUGCAGUAACUUAAUAUAUGCCUUGGGAAAUACCAUCGUAAUAAAAGAUAUCACCCGUAAUAACUUCACUUUUUUAAAUGGCCAUACCAAUUCUGUGUCCUGUUUGGCUGUUUCCAAGAGUGGCCAGUAUUUAGCUUCAGGGCAGAUAAAUUUUAUGGGAUUUAAGGCAAAAGUUAUCAUAUGGGACUUUAAGAAACAACAAGAGUGGGCUGGACACGAGUUGCAUAAAGUCAAAGUGGAAGCUGUAGUUUUUUCAGCAUCUGAACAAUACUUAUUUCUCUUGGUGGCCCAGAUGAUGGCUGUGUUAUUGUAUGGAACAUCUUAAGGAGGGAGCCACUGUGUGGCUGCCAAGCUUCUCAAGGCACUGCAGGUAAUGCUUACACACUUUGUGCAGCAAACACUGUGGAUGAUGUUUUUGUCACUGGAGGAAGAGACACCUUGAGAGUUUGGAAACUAGAUCCUGCCAGUCGUAGGAUACAUCCUGCCAACGUCUCUUUGGGACAAAUUAAACGUGAUGUCCAGUGCA